AUGGUAACAAGGUACUCGAAACUCGAAAGUCAGAAUAAUUUUGAUCAUCCCAUAACAUAUGAUUCUGAUUUUGAUUAUUCGAGGGUUCAAGAUGGAUUCUUAAGGUGUGUGCUUCAUUCUCUUGAGCUUCCUCAUCCUGAAGUUUUUCAUCUAUAUUUGUUUACUAGAGGAAUUGAUAUUCAAGCAGUUAACGUUGUUAUCAAUUCUGAUUUCCCUAAGAACUCAGAAACGUAUUUGCACAGGGUUGGACGAUUAGGGAGAUUUGUGAAGCUUGGUUUAGCUGUUAGCAUGAUCAUUAAGCUCUAUGUGUUGAUUUCUGCUACUACUAAUAGUAUCUAUCUGACUGUGAGAUAUAGAAUUGAACAAGAACUAGGAAUAGAAAUCAAGAAAAUCCCUUCACAGAUAGAUUAA